AUGAGCUGGUGCACGGCGGCGGAGGUGGCCGACCUGAUAAGCGUCAGCAGGCUGCGUCAUGACGUCGCAGAGGCAGAGCGCAAGGCGGCGGAUUUGCGUUUCAUUGAACUUCACGCAUCGGCAGUAAACAUUGGGGAUGCUCUGGUGGAGGUGGCGGUUGCAUCCAACGCGGUUUCGUGCGGUGUGCGGCUGGCGGCGGCGUUGACGCUUGAAUCGCUCGUGACGGAGCGGGCGUGGUGCGAGGGCAUCGGAUUCAGCGACAAGGAACGUGUUCUUACUGCACUUCUGGCGUGCCUGCGCGACGCUUCCCUCGCUGCGUCUGUGACUGACUCGCGGCUGAGCGCCUUGUUGUGCUCCUGUCUCUGCCGCAUUAUCUGCUUUGAAUAUCCCGCUGCCCGCUGGGAUACCUUUAUUGACGAGUGCGUAUCCGCCGUUGUCUCGCUGGGCGCCACGGAGCAGCAGGCAGGGCGCGGGUUCAUUCAGCGCACGCUUCUCCUGCGGUUGGCGGAGGUGUGUGCCGCCAAAGCCGCACUGUGGUGGCGGCUGGCGUCCGUCGUGGUCCGCCGUCUGUUGGCGGGGGCCGCAGUUCCUGGCGGUGCAGGGGAGCCACGGCUGCUGUGCCUUCGUGUGGUGCUUCAACUAAUGCGACGGCGUCCGCGCCCGGGUGAAACCACUGAGGCGGAGCGUCCGAAGAGUUCGUUUAUCUUUUCCGACGAAUUUCGUGGCGUCGUCGGCCGCGGUCUGGAAGAGGGGGCAAAAGUCUUUGAAUCAGGGGUUCCCCGCACGAUUCUCCUGGAGGAGUGUGGCCUCCUCUUGGACGUCGCCCAGCACCUCCUCGGCGACGAUGCGCUCGCGCAUACUGUGUUUCGUUGCGCCGUUUGCCUUCUUUCCUCAUGCGAGGCCGCAUACCUCGCAGACGACGACGACGACCGUUCGCUGGCUUCCUGUGCCGAUAAAGCGCUCGAAUGCCUGGUUGGUGUGCUGCAGAUGCAUCCGGAGGCGUCGCUGCUUUGCGACAGCGAAAAGUUCCUCUCAACGCUGUUCAGUUACAUGACACGCGCCGUCGCACUUGAGCACGGCGAGGAGUCGGCGCUGCUGGACGCACUGCAGGAGGACUGUGUUGUGCCGUUGGGGUGCGCUGGCGGCGACACAGCCGCAAACGCCGGUGCCGCGCUCGAGCUUCUCAUGGAGGCGAACCCGCACUUAUUGGGGCUCGCGGUGGGAUCUCUUUGCGCCACAGUCACUGAGCUAGAGCAGGGGACCAACUCGGCACACUGGCGGGCGUGGACAACCGCCCUUCGUUGCCUCUGCCGCGUGUGUGACGAGAAGGGCUUGUCGCUCGCGGACAGUCUGCCAGAUGCCGCUGGGCGUCUGCUCUCACCCCUUGCGUUGCUUCUUCGGCGGACCGUCGACCCGUUGGAGGCUGCAGAGGUGAUUGAGUUGCUCGCCUUGUGCGUUGUGCGGGCGAAGCAGGAGUCCGUCUGUCGUGCCUUUUUCUUCAUCCUCGAAGCCACCUUCGACGACGUUGGCGAUACUGGCACGCGGGAGCAGGUACUCCUUCUUGCGGUGACCGUUCACGCGGUGCACCGGUUUUUCUCGACGUAUGCCCCGUCGCUCCUUCCCGGGAGCUUCUGCGACACGUCGGCGUGGCUGCGGCGUGCACUCGCGGUGAUAGCCCGCGGCGGUCCACUGGCCGUGUACUGUGGUGCCCACGCCGUGCAGACCCUGCUGCGCGUCACUCCCGCUUGCACCCUUCCCUCAGCCUCAUUGGUGCUCGCCGCGCUAGACAAUGCCUGCCGUCAGUGCAAUGUUCCGAAUGCGUCCUCGCUCCUUGCUGGACUUGUCUGGUCGCUUUGCCGUCAUGCUCCGGGGGGGUGCAAGGUUGCGGUGGAGCGGCUAGAAAUUUUCUUGUCGCACUGCCUUCAAAAUGGCCCGCGUCGCGCAGAGUUACGGCGGUCCCUGACAGAUUAUUUAUGGCGCUUUUUAAGGUCUUACUUGCGGCAAACGGAGUGUCUUCAGUGUGUGGCAACCGUGCUGCACAAGUGCCUUCCUGUCGUUCUGCAGUUUGCCGUUGAAGAUGCACCGCACGACGAUGCGACGACGCGUCUUGUGUCAAGUUGCCUGGCGGCAGCGGCGACCUGCGAUCACGCGGGGGUUCUGUGCGAGAACAUCAGCUCCGUCCUCUGGGAGCUCCUCCGUUCCGCGGUGCAGGAACGCCACAGCUCCACCGCGCUGACGAAGAUUGCGGCGGCGAUGAGUGCUACGGCGCUCAUGUUCCCGACGCUCCUGGAUGGCGAUAUGACGGCAGUGGUGUCGCUGCUCUUCAGCAACGUCGAUGCGGCCGGGGCGAAGGGGCUUAAUUAUGCGGGAUGCUGCCUUUUGCCCGCACUUUUUUGCGUGCGCCACCCGGAGCAUCUGGGAGACAUGGCGGCCGCGUUUGUGGCGGCGCCUCGGCACAAGCAUUUGGCAUGGGGGACGAUGCUUGGCCUCUGGAGCUCCGUCGCCCCCCUCACCGAUCACUUUACCACGCUCUACUUUCUGGCAGCGUGGUGCCGGCUGUUAGGCUACGCCGUCGCCGCCCGCAGUGAGGGGCAAGACGCCCUGGCGGUGGUUGUGCCCCACUGCACGGUUUACUAUCUGCCAAGUAUGUACGUGAAGUCACUACCAAAACGGCGGGUGGCGGGCUGUAGCGUGGCGCAGUGUAUUGCCCUCGGCCUCGCGCUUGUGGCGCAGCGAGGGCAGAAGUCGGCGAAGGUAAAACUGCUGGAGGAGGAGUUGCUUCAGCCGCUCUCAUUAAAUCGACGAUUUGAGGCGCUUGCGUGCUGCAGCGCUGCCGAGGCGGGGAUUGGCGCGCUGUUGUCGAUGAGUCCCGCAGAGGGCGCCCACUGGCUGCUGGGGGUGAUGUCAGCCGGCGGUUAUGGACUGCAGGUUGACACCGCCCUCCGCUUCGCAGGUGAGUCGUAA